AUGGGCCUGGGAAAAAGGCGGCGUGAGAAGGUGGAGGUCGUGUCGGGAGCAGGAUUGCCCGCCAAUUGGCCGGAUGUUCGGCGGAGGCGCAGGCGCAUGCGCAGGUGUCCUGCGCCGUGGAAGGCGCAAGCAAGGCAAGGAAAAGAGUCGGGUGGUGUCCGCGCGGGUUUUUCUGUGGCAACCAGAAGCAAAACCAGAACCAGAACCAGGACAAGGACCAAGGGAUCCGCAUCCGGAGCGAACGUGGCGUCCAACGAGGCCAGCACCAGCGCCGCGGGCAGUGGCGCGGAGUCCGCCGCCCUGUUCUCGAAAUUGCGUAGCUUCUCCAUUGGCAGCGGGCCCAACUCGCCGCAGCGAGUCGUCUCCAAUCUGCGCGGCUUCCUCACCCAUCGCCUCAGCAACAUCACACCGAGCGACACAGGAUGGAAAGACUCGAUUCUGUCGAUUCCGAAGAAAUGGCUCUCCACGGCCGAGUCCGUAGACGAAUUCGGAUUCCCUGACACUCUACCCAAGGUGCCCGUUCCGGCGCUGGAUGAAACGAUGGCCGACUACAUUCGCGCCCUGGAGCCGAUCACCACGCCGGCGCAGCUGGAGCGGACCAAGGAACUGAUCAGGCAGUUCACAGCUCCCCAGGGAAUCGGCCUUCGGGUGCAUCAGUAUCUGCUGGAUAAGCGCGAGGCGGAGGAUAACUGGGCCUACUACUAUUGGCUCAACGAGAUGUACAUGAAUAUUCGCAUUCCUUUGCCGAUCAACUCGAAUCCGGGCAUGGUGUUCCCGCCGCGUCGCUUCAAGACGGUCCACGACGUGGCCCAUUUUGCCGCCCGCCUGCUGGACGGAAUCCUGAGCCACAAGGAGAUGCUGGACAGCGGGGAGUUGCCGCUGGAGCGAGCAGGCUCCCGGGAGAAGAAUCAGCCGCUGUGCAUGGCGCAGUACUACCGCCUGCUGGGCUCCUGUCGCCGACCAGGUGUUGAACAGGACUCGCAGUACCUGCCGUCGCGGGAGCGGCUGAACGACGAGGAUCGCCACGUGGUGGUCAUCUGCCGCAACCAGAUGUACUGCGUGGUACUGCAGGCCAGUGAUCGCGGCAAGCUGUCCGAGAGCGAGAUUGCCUCGCAGAUCCUUUACGUCCUUAGCGAUGCCCCCUGUCUGCCGGCCAAGCCUGCGCCGGUGGGUCUGCUGACCGCCGAGCCGAGGAGCCGCUGGGCCCGCGACCGGGAGAUGCUGCAGCAGGACGAGCGGAACCAGCGCAAUCUGGAGCUCAUCGAGACCGCCCAGGUGGUGCUGUGCCUGGACGAACCGCUGGCGGGGAACUUCAAUGCCCGCGGCUUCACCGGCGCCACGCCCACCGUCCAUAGGGCUGGGGAUCGGGACGAGACGAACAUGGCCCACGAGAUGAUCCACGGCGGAGGCAGCGAGUACAACUCCGGCAAUCGCUGGUUUGACAAGACCAUGCAGCUCAUUAUUUGCACUGAUGGAACUUGGGGACUGUGCUAUGAGCACUCCUGUUCCGAAGGCAUUGCUGUGGUGCAGCUGCUGGAGAAGAUCUACAAGAACAUCGAGGAUCACCCGGACGAGGACAACGGACUGCCCCAACACCAUCUGCCGCCGCCAGAGCGUCUUGAGUGGCACGUGGGUCAGCCACUACAAUUGCGCUUCAGCCAGGCGUCCCAGAGCGUGGACAAGUGCAUCGAUGACCUGGACUUCUACGUUUAUCGCUACCAGAGUUACGGCAAAAGCUUCAUUAAGUCGUGUCAGGUCAGUCCGGACGUAUACAUUCAGCUGGCCUUGCAACUGGCCCAUUACAAGCUCUACGGCCACCUGGUGGCUACCUACGAGAGUGCAUCCACACGACGAUUCCUGCAUGGUCGCGUGGACUGCAUCAGAGCAGCCAGUACGGAGGCAUUGGAGUGGGCAAAGGCCAUGUGCCAGGGAGAGGGCGCUAACGUUCCCCUGGAGAGCGAUCGCGAGGACGAGGAGGAGUCACGCAAGGUCAAGUUUAGCAUUUACAGUAAGGAUCACCUUCGAGAGCUCUUCCGUUGUGCCGUCGCCCGCCAGACGGAGGUGAUGGUGAAGAACAUCCUGGGCAAUGGCAUCGACAUCCCGCUGCUGGGACUUCGAGAGGCCAGUGUGGAGGUCACCGGCGAGAUGCACGAGCUGUUUAAGGACGAGUCCUACAACAUCUCGCAGUGCUUCUUGCUCUCCACCAGUCAGGUGGCCUGUACCACGGACAGCUUCAUGGGAUACGGACCCGUAACGCCACGUGGUUACGGAUGCUCCUACAAUCCGCAGCCCGAGCAGAUCGUCUUCUGCGUGUCGGCAUUCUACUCAUGCGAGGACACGAGUGCCUCACGAUACGCCAAGUCGCUGCAGGACUCCCUGGACAUAAUGCGCGAUCUACUACAGAAUUAG